AGUACGGAAGCCAGGGGCGGGCCACCGCGGGAAAAGUUUUGUGGUCUUGCUCGUCCACACCGCUCUUCCACCGGCUUCUGAAUCGCUGUCCUCCUGGUGUCUUGCCUACUGUGCUGGCGCCAGUCUUCCCCCUUCCGGUCUCACUUCCGCGUGGCCGACAAUGGAAGUCGCUGCGGCCCCGGCCGGGAGGGUAGAACUAGGCUUCGUGGAGAAGGCACCAGCGUGGCGGCUGCGCAGCGAGCAGUUCCCCAGCAAGGUGGGCGGGCGGCCAGCGUGGCUGGGCGCGAGCGGGCUGCCGGGACCCGGAGCCCUGUCGUGCGCACGUUGCGGCCGGCCGCUGGCCUUCCUGCUGCAGGUGUACGCGCCGCUGCCCGGCCGCGCCGACGCCUUCCACCGCGGCCUCUUCCUCUUCUGCUGCCGCGAGCCGCCGUGCUGCGCAGGCCUGCGAGUUUUCAGGAAUCAGCUACCCAGGAAAAACGAGUUUUACUCAUAUGAGCCACCUUCUGAGAACCCUCCCUCAGAAGCAGGAGAAUCUUUGUGUCUACGGCUUAAGUCUGGUGCUCAUCUCUGCAGGGUUUGUGGCUGUUUAGGUCCUAAAACAUGCUCCAGGUGCCACCAGGCACAUUACUGCAGUAAGGAGCAUCAGACACUAGACUGGAGGUUGGGACAUAAGCAGACUUGUACACAACCAGAUCAUUUGGACCAUAUAGUUCCAGAUCACAACUUCCUUUUUCCAGAAUUUGAAAUUGUAAUAGAAACAGAAGAUGAAAUUAUGCCUGAAGUUAUGGAAAAAGAUGACUCUGAGAUUACAGGAAGCAUGGGUGAAGCACUUGAGGAAGAACUGGAUUCUAUGGCAAAGCAUGAAUCCAGGGAAGAUCACAUUUUUCAGAAGUUUAAAACUCAGAUAGCCCUUGAACCAGAGCAGAUUCUCAGGUAUGGAAGAGGCAUUGAACCCAUGUGGAUUUCUGGUGAGAAUAUCCCUCAAGAAAAGGAUAUUCCAGAUUGCCCCUGUGGUGCCAAGAGAAUAUUUGAAUUCCAGGUCAUGCCGCAACUGCUGAACCACCUAAAGGCAGACAGACUGGGCACGAGUGUUGACUGGGGCGUUCUGACCAUCUUUACCUGUGCUGAGAGCUGUACCUUGGGCACUGGCUACACAGAGGAAUUUGUGUGGAAGCAAGAUGUAACAGAUACACCUUAAAGAUACCUUAAAGCCUUAAAAAAUGUUGCUUAUGCUAGGGGCAUGGCUCAAAUGCUGGAGUGACCUGAGUUCAAACCCCACUACCACCCAAAAACAAAAAGUUAACCUUGCAAGUCCAUCUCUAGGACUUUAUCCUAAACAAGUAACUACCAGAGAUGGGAGAAUAAAGGUGUUGCUUGAGACAUUACUUACAAUGUCUUAAGUAUUACUAAAACAAAAAUGUCCAAUGAUAGGGAAUUAAGAUAAAUUUUGGUAUAUCCACAGUGGAAAGUGUUAAUGCCUGUGUAACCACAAAAUAAGAGGUCUAAAUUAACACCAAGAUACCAUUAUGGAUCAUGUAUUCAUGGUAUGCUAUUUUUGAAGAAAUACUCAUACAUAUGCAUAGAUAUAAAUCUGGAAAUAUAUACAAAGUGUGAACUAGUUAUCUAUAAGUGAAAUGGGCCUUAUUUGUAUAUGCAUUUUUCUCUAAUAAAAAUGGUUGUG